AUGGACUUUAAAAGCACCGAGGCCCAUGACGACAGCAUGGAGGAUGAAGAUGUCGGUCCACCCGAUGUCUAUUUGCCUGGUCAUUCGCGUCCUUUGGAGGAAGACGAGGAGUUAGUGAUGGAUCGAUCGGCUUACCGUCUCUACUACCAACUCCAGGUGGAAGCGCCCUCACUUUCUUUCGAUAUCCUUCUUGAUUGCUUGGGUGAUUCUCGCGAAGUGGAGGUGAAUGGAGUCGACCCACUGACCGCAUACAUUGUUGCAGGUACCCAAGCCCGGGAAUCCAACGAUAACAGCUUAAUCGUUAUGCGACUUGCGAAUAUGCUGCCAAUAAAGAGGAAGGCCGAGAAUGACCAGCAAUCUAGUUCAGACUCCGAAAGUGAUUCAGAUAGCGAGAGCGAUGAGGACCUUGACAGUCUGCCCGAAGUUGAGGCCGCAACGAUCAAUCAUCCAACUGGCACGAUCAAUCGUGUUCGAGCUCAUCAGUUCAACGGCAUCUAUAUGGCAGCCACGUGGUCGGAAUCAGCUGAGGUGAAUGUUUGGGACCUCACUCGCCCUCUCUCCGCUGUCAAUGACUCCGCCGUCAUGGCGGAGUACACCCGAAACCACGAGUCCCCCGCACCCAUAUUUACCUUCAGUGGACAUAGUUCUGAGGGCUACGCUCUCGCCUGGAGUCCUUCGUCUGGCGCCUCCGGUCAGCUUGCAACAGGUGAUUGCAAAGGCGAAAUCUACAUUUGGCAGCCGAGGCCAACUGGAUGGGCAAUUUCCACAAAACCCUACUUGGGUCACCAGGGUUCAGUGGAAGAUAUCCAGUGGUCUCCGACUGAACCCACUGUCUUCAUUACUACCUCCACAGACUGCAGUUUCCGAGUGUGGGAUACUCGGAGUGGACCAAAGGCUUCAGCCAUGAUCAGCGUUCUGAAUGCCCACGAACUAGACAUUAACGUCGCCUCUUGGAAUUCCCAACAACCGGCAUCUCUCCUGACCGGUGCUGACGAUGGUUGUAUUCGCGUCUGGGAUCUCCGCAUGGUCCAUCAGCGUUACGGUGGCAGCGGCGGUGGUGUUGGAAGCUCUGGAAUCACGGCAUACACGCACUCCUUCGAGCACAAUGGAUACAACCAAGAUGGAAUUUAG